GAUUGCCAAAUCAUCCACAAUAUGAACUAGCAAAGAAACAGAUGAAAGGUUUCAGUGGCAUGGUUUGUUUCUGGUUGAAAGGAGGAUUUGAUGAAGCUGAAAUAUUCUUAAACAAAUUACAGCUAUUCAAGAAUGCAGCCAGUCUUGGAUCAGUCCAUAGUCUUGCUGAGCAUCCUUCAACAUUAACUCAUACUGGUUUAUCUGAAGAAGAAAGACAAUCUCUGGGAAUUACCAAUAAUUUUAUUAGAUUAUCCAUUGGUCUUGAGUCAGCUGAUGAUCUUGUACAAGAUUUGGAUCAAGCUUUGAAACAUGCG